AUGGCGUCCUUCCCCACUUGGAGUCGCACCGGCGCCACUACUAAUGCGACGCCCGCUAAUAUCGUCGCACGGGCCUCGCCGAGCGCUAGCGCUGACGACGGCACGCCCGACUCGAACAGCAGCCGGCUCAGACAGAGUCACCGCAGCAUCAUCUACUCCGCCACAUCCGCGCACUCCUCUGAAACGACCACGAACAACCCAUCCCCAGCACUCGGCGGCCGUCGUCGUCGAUCGUUCCUCCGAUUGCUGGUCGGAGUGACCGCGUCGGCGUUGAUCGUGUCGGUGCUGCUCGUGUCGUCGUCACGCUUCCAUCCGCACCGCCACGACGAACUGUUCCGCACCAGCACCAGCACCACCCCCAGUGCCAGUGCCAGUGCCAGUCGAGGGCAUCCUGGCCAAACGAUCGACGCAACCUGGCUACAACUCACCGCAAGACCCGUCUUUGACACUCGGCUCAACGUCAUUCCGGCCUCGUCGAGGAACUGGGACGACGUCUAUUUGAGCUACCGCCACCACGUCCUCGGCUCCGUCCAAGCGCUCGGCAAUUGGCUCACCCCGCACCUUCUCGAUCCGGGCCACACCGUCAUGUCCGCCGAUCAGGUAUACUACGUUGAAGAUUUUGAUGGUGACGACGAUGUCGAGGUGGAUUCGGAAAGUGUCGUCGACGGGGCUUGGUCCAACUGGAGUGAGAGCGCGGUAUUCGUCGAGGUCGGUUCGCUUGUCACGAAAACGCUGUCCCCGGUCUGAACCGCUCAGCUGACCUUGUACUUCCCACGCCCACAGGCCACUCAAGCAAUGUACGCUUCUAGACCGGCCUCAUUCGGCCCCCACAUCCUCCUCGAACCUCUGCAGUCGUACCUCUACCCCAUCACCGCUUUCGCCGACACCGAUAUGCGCGCCUGCAACCUCUCCUCGACCCCCGACGACUCUUCAUCGCUCCGCAAGUACCCUACCCCACCCCGACAGGGUUGGAUCGCCCUGAUCGAACGAGGCGGCUGCCCCUUUUCCAAUAAAGUCAGGUUCGCGCAAGAGAGAAACGCCGCCGCUGUUGUAUUUGGUGACUCGAGUACACAGGAAGGCGGCGUCUCGGGUGGGUUCGGCUUGCUCACGCCUUGGAGCCCAGGUAAGCACAAUGACCACGACAAGAUCUCACCUCUUCAUGAGCUGAUGUCGUGUUUGACAGACGAUACCCAUGAUAUCCGGAUACCUUCAACGUUCGUCUCGCGAGCCUCGUACCUCUCGAUCCUUCGAACCUGGCAGGACGUGCAAGACGGGCCAUCCAAAGACCCGCAAGGCCUGCUCGUCACCUUGUCCAAAGACGAGCUCUUCGCUUGGCCCCUGCUCGACCUACUCGUCCUGAUCCUCUUCCUCCCCUCCCUUCUCACGCUCUUGACGGUCUUUACCCAACGUCUCCGAAUGAUCCGCCAACGUCGAUUGGACCGAGCGCCUCGCGACGUCGUCGCCAAGUUGCCCGUCUUCCUGUGGGGCGACACCGAAAAGGGGCCACAAACGAUGCCGAUCUCUUUGGAUGAAGAGCAAGCGAUCGGAUCGAGCUCCACCGGUCAUCCCAUCCCAACCGAAUCGACGCCUUUGCUCGACUCCUCUAGCUCGACCACGGCUGCGACUCCCCGCCCAGCCUACCUCAAAUACCUCCCCGAUGCCAUCACACGACGGAUCCGUCGCCCCAACCCCUCCUCAACCGCUCUAGCCCCCCGCCGUCGCUCGAACCUCAAAUUCCGACCUUCGAACGAAUGUUCCAUCUGUCUCUCCGACUUUGAAAACGGUGACGCGGUGAUGGAGUUGCCUUGUGGGCAUCUUUUCCACAAGGAGGAGAUUGAAUCGUGGUUGUUGGAGAGCAAGCGCGUGUGUCCGAUUUGUAGGGCCAGUAUCACGGCUGAAGAUGGGGUCGAAGAAGAAAGCCCGGUCGACGGAGGUGGUCCUUCUCGUUCGAGAGCACAAACUGUCGACGCGACGACCCAAACACCCGCGGGCGCAUCGCCUCCUCUUGCCGUACCCAGUGACAUCAUCGACCAGGAGAGGACGGCACUCGCCCCCAUCGCGACCGGUUCGAGUGUGACGCUCGAAUUCGUCCCCGAUUCUUGA